AUGUCUGAGUCAAAGCCAAACUGGUGGAAAGCCAGUACCUGCUACCAGAUAUGGCCGGCAUCAUACAAGGACAGCAACGGCGAUGGCAUGGGGGACAUCCCUGGCAUAAUCAGCACACUUCCAUACCUGAAAGACCUGGGCGUUGAAACCAUCUGGCUAUCUCCAAUGUUCGACUCGCCACAGAAGGACAUGGGCUACGACAUUUCCAACUACGAGGACAUCUAUCCUCCUUACGGCACAAUGUCCGACAUGGACAACCUAAUCAAAUCAUGCCACGACCUCGACAUAAAACUGAUCCUGGAUCUGGUCGUGAACCACACGAGUGACGAGCACGCCUGGUUCCUCGAGUCACGCAGAGACAAAACCAACCCGAAGGCAGACUGGUACAUCUGGCGUGAUCCAAAGGUAGUCGAUGGCCAACGCCGGCCGCCCAACAACUGGGCCUCGAUCUUCGGCGGCAGCGCAUGGGAAUACGUCCCCGAACGCGACCAGUACUACCUCCACCUGUUUGCCGUAGGACAGCCGGACCUGAACUGGGAGAACGAAGAGACCCGGUCGGCAAUCUACUCAUCAGCCGUCAAAUUCUGGUUGGACAAGGGCAUCGACGGGUUCCGCGUCGACACGGCGAAUCUCUACUCCAAAGACACAAGCUACCCAGACGCGCCGGUCGUCAACCCCAGUGAAGACUGCCAAGUGGCUUUCCAAUACUUCGUCAACGGGCCCCGUAUGCACGAGUUCCUCCAGGAACUACGCGAGCGCGUGCUCGACCAGUACGGCGACAUCCUCAUGGUCGGCGAACUCCCACACACCGGCGCUGACGAGGUCAUGGCGUACGUGUCGGCGGCGCGGAGAGAAUACAACUGCGUCUUCGACUUUGACGUUGUCAACCUCGGCACCACGACCAACGAAGGAGGCAAGAAACACCACGCGCACCGACACACGCUGCCGCAGUUCAAGGACGCCGUCCGCAAGGCGCAGGACCUCCUCCGCGGCACCGACGCCUGGACGACGGUGUUCCUGGAGAACCACGACCAGGGCCGCAGUCUCUCGCGCUUUGCCACGGACGCCCCCGCGUUCCGCGAGCGCGCCGCCAAGAUGCUCGCCAUCCUCAUGUGCACCCUGUCGGGCACCAUGUUCCUGUACCAGGGCCAGGAGAUCGGGACGUACAACUACCCCAUCCACUGGGGGGUCGAGGAGCUGCGCGACGUCGACAGCAUCAACGCCUACAACGAGGUCCUGCUCCACCACAAGGGCGACCGGCUGUGGCUGAAGAAGACGCUCAGGGGCCUGCAGCUCGUCGGGCGGGACAAUGCGAGGCUGCCGGUGCAGUGGGACUCGAGCGCCAACGCCGGCUUCACCGCCGGCAAGCCCUGGAUGAGGGUCCACGACGACUACGAGAACGUCAACGUCGGGAACCAGCUGGACGACCCGAGGAGCGUGCUGAGCUUCUGGAAGAAGAUGAUCAAGCUGCGCAAGGACCACCCCGAGCUCAUGAUCUUCAGUCGCGACUUCGACGUCUGGGACAAAUGGGAUCAGCACGUCUUCACCUUUACGAAGAAGCAUCCCGACGGCGGAGCCACUCUCCUCGUCUUUCUGAACUUCUCCGACGAGGAGCAACCGAUGCACUACCCCGUUGCUCUUCGGGCCGCCCGCAAGGAGCUCCUCGUGAGCAGUGCCGACGAGGUCGGGGACUAUCUCAGUCCAUGGGAAGGAAGGGUGUAUCUGUUCAACGAGACCGUGCUCAAUGGUGCAUGA